UCCCUCUCCUCCCCAGCCCUCCCUUCCCACGCCCCAGUGCGCUGUGGGAUAGUGGCUCUAUAAAGUAUACCCUCUCUCGGAGCACGAUAAGAAGCCCGAGACAGGAGGGGGAUGAAGAUGGCGGACGCCAAGCAGAAAAGGAAUGAACAGUUAAAGCGAUGGCUGGGCUCGGAGACGGACCAGGAGCCUCCUGUUCUGAAAAAGAAGAAGACGAAGGUGAAGUUCGAUGAUGGCGCCGUCUUUCUGGCCGCUUGCUCGAGCGGUGAUACCGAGGAGGUGCUCCGUCUGCUUGACCGGGGCGCUGACAUCAACUACGCCAAUGUAGACGGUCUUACUGCUCUCCACCAGGCUUGCAUAGAUGACAACAUUGACAUGGUGACGUUCCUCGUAGAGCAAGGAGCCAGCGUCAACCAGCCAGAUAAUGAGGGCUGGAUCCCCCUCCAUGCUGCAGCUUCCUGUGGAUACCUAGACAUAGCAGAGUACCUGAUUAGCCAGGGUGCUAAUGUUGGAGUUGUGAACAGUGAGGGGGAGACACCUCUGGACAUUGCUGAGGAGGAACCAAUGGAGGAACUUCUACAAAAUGAGAUUAACCGACAAGGGUUGGACAUAGAGGCAGCCCGAAAAGAGGAGGAGCGAAUCAUGCUGAGGGAUGCCCGACAAUGGCUAAACAGCGGUCAGAUUCAGGACACCCGGCAUGCAAAAUCAGGAGGAACGGCGCUCCAUGUAGCCGCUGCAAAAGGAUACGUGGAGGUUUUAAAGCUUUUAAUCCAAGCAGGGUAUGACGUAAACAUUAAGGACUAUGAUGGCUGGACGCCUCUACAUGCAGCAGCACACUGGGGCAAGGAGGAGGCGUGUAGGAUACUCGUGGAGAAUCUGUGUGACAUGGAGCUUGUUAAUAAAAUGGGUCAGACUGCUUUUGAUGUAGCUGACGAAGAUGUAUUGGGAUACUUAGAAGAGCUACAAAAGAAACAAAAUCUGCUGAUGACUGAGAAGAAAGAUGUCAAGAAGUCUCCGUUGAUUGAAACAACAACCACAGGGGACAACAACCAAUCACUGAAAACACUCAAGAGCAAAGAAACGCUGCUUCUGGAGCCAGAAAAGACAGCACCAUGCAUUGAGACCUUAGAGCCAGAGAAGGUGGACGAAGAGGAAGAGGGGAAGAAGGACGAGUCAAGCUGUUCAAGUGAAGAGGAGGACGAAGAAGAUUCAGAGUCUGAAAAUGAAGCAGAUAAGAGCAAGCCUCCAGCAGCGGUGACCAGCAGCACAACGACCACCCCAGCCGCUGUCAGCGUGUCAUCUCCAUCUAGUCCAACAAAUCAGGUGACAACGCCCACUUCACCAGUUAAGAAGGUUGUUCAGCCGGUUGGAAAGGUCUCAACCAAAGUAGAGGAGGAGAGGAAAGAUGAGUCUCCGGCAUCGUGGCGUCUGGGUUUGAGGAAGACGGGCAGCUAUGGGGCGCUCUCUGACAUCACAGCCACAAAGGAAGCUCAGAAGGAAAAGGACACUACAGGCGUGAUGCGCUCUGCCUCAAGCCCUCGCCUCUCCUCAUCUCUGGACAACAAAGAAAAAGAAAAGGAGAAAGACAAAGGAACCCGACUUGCGUACGUGGCCCCAACUAUCCCAAGGAGACUUGCCAGUACUUCAGACAUCGACGAGAAGGAAAACAGGGACUCGACAGCUCUGAUACGUAGUGGCUCAUACACUCGGCGACGAUGGGAUGACGACCUGAAGAACAGUGAAGGAAGCUCCUCUGUCAACCGACCCUCCAGCUACCAGCGCAGCACGUCCCAUACGCUAGCGCUAGGGCGGAGCGGCAGCACGCGGGACGUGCCAGCCAAGUCUUCGUCAACCUCCAGCUUGGACCCUAACACCUGUAAUACUAAACCCUGGCAGCCACCCACCUCCCACUACCCAUCUUACAGCAUUUACCGCAGUGGAUCUUUUGGAAGAAGACACGAGGACCUGAGCCCCUCCUCCACCACCACCUCCUCCUCAACAACCACCACCUCUUCGUCUGUUACCUCGCCCACAGGCCAUCGCGGCCUCCUCUCCAGCCUGGGUUCCUCCUCCACCCGAACUGGCUCCACCUGUCUCACCAGCAGGUACUGGUCAGAGGAGAGUGCAGAGAGGGAGAAGGAGAAGGAGUCUGCUGCAGUCAUCCCCACUAUAAACACUGGUUCUACCACCACCACUACGUCUACCACUACCACCACGGCCAUAUUAACCACUACCACCGGCACUGGCAUAGUCACUGGCACCGGCUCAGAACGACGCAGGUCGUACCUGACACCGGUCCGAGACGAGGAGUCGGAGUCUCAGAGGAAAGCUCGAUCCAGACAGGCCCGUCAGUCGAGGCGGUCCACACAGGGUGUGACUCUGACUGACCUGCAAGAGGCUGAAAAAACAAUUGGCCGGAGUCGUCCCCAAAACACCCGCGAGGAGGAGAAAGAGAAGCAGGACAAGGAGAAGACGGAGACGAGGGAGGAUGAUUACCGAUCAAAGUACCGGAGCUUUGAAGAGCGUUAUCGGCCUUCAUCUUCAUCCUCCACCUCUGCCAUUUCCACCGUCAGCACUGCCUCCACAACCUCCUACUCGGGCUCUUCGUUGUCCUCCAGUUCCAGCUCCCUCAACAGGCCUAACAGUCUGACGGGGAUCACCUCAUCUUAUAGCAGAUCCUCUCGAGAUACAGAAAAAGAAUCGGACAAAAAGGAUGAGGAAAAGGAAGGGGAGGACAAACCCCGCUCCAUACGGGAUCGCAGGCGGCCCCGCGAGAAGAGACGCUCCACUGGGGUGUCCUUCUGGACUCAAGAUGGUGAUGAAAAUGACCCCGAGCAGCAGUCGGACUCAGAGGAUGGCAGCACAAGGGGAGAAUCACAAAGCGACAGAUUGUCCAGAAAUGAGAGCACUUCAUAUUUAGAUCGCAACGAUGCUCUUUUUAGCCGUAGUUACGGUGAGAGUCGAAGGCCGUACUCGAGCCGAUUGGAUAGAGACGACACCACCGACUACAAGAAGCUCUACGAGCAGAUCUUAGCAGAGAACGAGAAGCUGAAGGCCCAGUUACGCGACACUGAUCUGGAGCUGGCAGACUUGAAGUUACAGUUAGAUAAAGCCGCACAGAGGCAGGAACGCUACGCUGACCGAUCCCAGCUUGAGAUGGAGAAAAGGGAAAGAAGAGCUCUAGAAAGGAAGAUUUCUGAGAUGGAGGAGGAACUUAAGAACCUCCCCCAGGUAAAGCAGGUUCAGGCCCUGCGGCAAGUAAAGGAGCGGCUGCAGGCUGAGAAUCGGGCCCUGGCCCGAGUGGUGGCAAAGCUCUCACAGUCGGCCUGCAGCCAGCUGCCCGCCAGCGACCUCUAAGCCACGUCUCCGUCCUCCACCAUCUUCUUUCUCUCUUCUUCCUCUUCCUCCUCUUUGUCCUCUCUUUCUUCUCAUGCUCCAUUUGUGCUCUGCCCUGCACCCGUAGACAGAUGCUCCCAGACUUGAAAGCAGACAACCAGAGACUAAAGGACGAGAACGGAGCGCUCAUUCGAGUCAUUAGCAAGCUUUCCAAGUAGAAACAGACCCACCCACCCCGCCUGCCCUGUCUUCUGCACCCGCUAGUCCCCCAUGGCAGCGACUAAUGGAAUUGCACAUUUAGAUAUUAAUCGCAACAGACAUCAAGAGACAUGACUCUUUCUUUUGCUUUUUUUGUUUCUCCAAACUUUCCCUUUUUGCUUCUUCACCACCGCUGCAGCCACCAUCCAUUCAACAAUCCUCCUCAGCUGUAGUCGUCUUGAUUGGUGUGGCUGCUGUUCUGAUAGAAGCUCUGAGUUUACAGAGCAAAAAGGACAAAGGGUUGUAUGAGAGCAAUGUGGGCGGGGAAGCCUGAAAACUAUUUAACCAAUAAGCCUUAGUUGUACAUAAAAAGAAAAACCCUUGCAUUGAUCUCCUCUCUCAGCUAUCACUGAAGAACAGAUAUUAUCCUUCACCUGAUUUUAUUUGUGCCACCGUCUCUCUUAUUUGACUCUUUGUUUUUUUGUUGCUUCCUUUCCCUCUGUACAUGUGUGCUGUGCGCUUCCCUCCUUCACUCCUUCCAUCCCUGUUUUUAAAGUGCUUCUUCUGUCUAAUAUCUCCUCCCUGUGGCCACUGUCUCACCUAAUUUAUCAUGAUUAUUAUUUGUUUUCCUCCCCACUCACACGCAGAUCACAAGCACACAUCAUCCUCUCCCCAUAUCUUCGUAUCUCUGUUCUCCAAGAGGGAAAAAUUUGAAUUCUCGCUGAUCUGGUGGAGUUUAAGCUUUCACUGUAUGUGCAAUAUGCAUUUCUUUCUUUCUUUUAAAAAAAAUGCUUUAAUGAGUCCAUCAGAAGUAGGAUUUUCACUCCUGAAGCUUCCAUCGCUACUUUCUCCUCCAUUUUGUUCUUUUUAUUUUAAGCUUGUAGUCUGUUUAUACUCUAUUUCUCACUUUGUUUUAGCAGGUACCGAGUGAUUCUGUAUAUACCUGUACGUAUUUUGUUUGAGAAGCAGCACACGGCAUGCGUUUAUGGAUCCCGUCUGUUACUAUUAAAACUAUAUAAAUUCCAGAGAACAAAGAGGUGUGCUUUAAUUAUUUUCCUUUUAUAGUUUAAGGACAUUGGACACAAUAGAGCGUCUCUCUUACAACGGGACGGCUUCUUUUUUUUGUUGUUGUUGUUUUUGGUUCACAUAUUAGUGAAAUCUAAAGAGUAAUGGCUUCACUACAUUUCACUUUUAUUGUAUUCAGUAUCUUGGACGCAUGCUGUUAAUUUUGUUUCCCAUUCUUUUUAAAAAGCUGUAGUGUUAUAGGCAGGAUCUUGUCACUAAAGUAAAACGUAAAAAAAAAAAAAAAAAAAAGAAUAGAUAUUGCUAACCCAGUCCUUUCUACGAUGUCUACAUGCACUGUCGAUGCCAUGUGCGGAGUCUUGUGGGGUUGAAGCGAAACGCCACCAUCAGCCGUUCCAUUCAACAUUUUAUGCAUUUCAGUGGCCUUUUUUAAGAAGUUUUAGAACAGUACGUUUAAAAGAUCACUGCAGAUGGAUUGAUGGCUGUCUGCUCUGGUUUAGACUUUAUUUUUCUUUGUUUUUCCCGUCAUCGUGUAAAAUAGGUGUGUGGCUUAAUACAUGCAAGCUGUGCUGUGACUACCAACCACUGAAGAGUUCAUUAAAAUAAACUUGUACAUUGUAAAGUC